AAAAUAAAAAAAAUAUGAAGUAGAUGACAACCACUUAUUAUUUCGAAAGUAUUCUGCUCCAUAGAUAGGACGCCCACAACACAAUAUUAAAAAUAUUUGUUUUGAUCGCAAAAUCACACAGCUUCCCGUGCUUCUUUUCUUAAUCAUUCAACUUGACGUGUAUCCAUGGCAACCACUGUAGCUACAGCAGGCAUGACUCCCUCCCAGAGAGCCCGGUAUGGAUGCGAAGCGGCGCGUAACGCUAAAUGGAGAAUGGCGGCUCCUCCUGUGCCCUUGCUGAAGCGUGCGGGUGGGGGACCCCAACCAUGGGCCAUUCAUCCCCACUCUACAGGACAGGUCUCCAGGUCCCACUUCCCACCUCCUCCUCCUCCUCACCUCCCUGUCUUCCAUACGCGCCAUGCACAGGAGAGCGCAGACCGACCCCAUCUGGUCACCAUCAUCCGUCCCUGUGCUCAGAGUACACCGCGAAAGGUAACAGUGCUGUUGAACCGCAGGGGGGUCGUGUCCUUUGAGCAGCUACUAUUGGAUAUCUCGGAGGCACUGGGGUUUCCUCGCUGGCACAGAGCCAGAGUCACACGCCUGUACACAACCCAUGCACGAGAGGUGAGGGGUGUGUGUGAUUUCUUCAGGGGCGAGGUGGCCUUCCUGGCACUGGGUGGGGCCCGUCCAGAGCUGGGCAGUGUGAAGGAGGCGCUUGAGGAGCUGUUUCCAGAUCAUUCUCAUUACCGCACUGAUGCGCUGCGAGCCUGGGAGAAGAGACUACGUCCAGCACCAGAUAAAGCAACUAAGGCUGACAGUGGAUACAGUGAGGGGACACACAGCACCGCGACCAACCAGGAAACAUACCAGAACACAAAUACACAUAUCAAGAAUCAUACUAAUACACACACACCUCACCAUAUAGUCACACACCAGCUGGAACAUCAUAACUCAGAUGUUCAGAAGUCUCAUAAAAAGAAUUCUUGCAGAAAGCUGGCUCGCCUUCCCAACCACCUGCAGAGACUGCAUGUGAGGGGUGGGGUCCAAGAGUCUUCUGCCAUUGGCCCAUUUAAACAUGAGGAAGGUUUUAGAGAACUCGACAUAUUCUCUCCUAAACUGUGUGAAAACUGCCUGGCAAUAAUAGCUAAACAACAGCAUCCAGAAUGGGAAUAUCCAUUUUCAGGGAGGGUCCCACUUCCACCUGUGUUGAGAAAGCAAAAAGGAAGUUCUCAUACAGAACAAGAGGUGAUGAAGCUUGAUGUUCCUCUCAGCCCUCCACCUCCUCAGCCAAUCAGCACAGAUGAACAAAAGAGUCCUGUGCAAUUACAAAUUUUAAAUCCACUUCCAGAUGUGGGUCCAGCACAUAACAUACAGUCAGAUAUACAGCCAAAAACGACCUUUGACCUUCCCUCAGAUGGCAGUGAUGUUACAUUGUCAGACAUUGAGCGUUGCUAUGAAAUAGGACGUGUGGUUGGAGAUGGGAACUUUGCAGUAGUGCGAGAGUGUUGCCAUCGUGACAGCAGACAAACCCUCGCCAUGAAGAUAGUUGAACGUUCCAAGCUGAUUGGUCGAGAGCACAUGCUGCAGAAUGAACUGAGCCUUCUGGGUAGCCUCUGUCACCCUCGCAUAGUGCGGCUGUUUACACACCACCACACACACACUCACUCCUACCUGGUGAUGGAGCUGGUGAGCGGGGGGGAUCUGUUUGAGGCCAUCGCUGAGAGGGGGAAGUUUUCAGAGGCAGAGGCAGGACUGAUGGUGUCGGAUAUGAGUGAAGCUCUAAGUUACAUUCACUGCAGGAGCAUCGUCCACCGAGACCUCAAACCAGAAAACCUACUGAUAGAGCAAGAGGCUGGUGGCAUCUGUAGGUUGAAGUUGGGAGACUUUGGUCUUGCCAUGGUCGUGACUGAGCCAGUCUUCACCAUAUGUGGUACACCCACAUAUGUAGCCCCAGAAAUUCUCUUUGAAACAGGUUAUGGUGUAGCAGUGGAUGUAUGGGCACUGGGUAUUAUUCUCUAUAUCCUGCUGUGUGGCUUCCCCCCAUUUCGCAGUCAGGAUCGGGACCAGGAGGAGCUCUUCCAGCUAAUAAGACAAGGACAACUCCACUUCCCAUACCCCUACUGGGACCCCAUUGCAGAGGAAGCCAAAGGCCUUGUCAGAGCUCUGCUUCAGCCAGAUCCCACAGUGAGGCUGACAGCAGAGCAGACCCUGCUGCAUCCCUGGGUGAAGGCUAUGGCUUCAGUUUGCAGGCAGGGGGCGCUCACAGACAAACCUCAGAAGAACACAGCAGAUACUGGAGUGGAACCAGAGAGAGUCCAGAGACCAGCUCAGAUCAAUGCAGCAGAAACAAUGACAGGAUACACCAGCAGCAAGGGAGAAGUCACACACAAAACACUCAGCAGAACUGAUGGGGGACAAAGUGAGAUGACCACAGGAAGAGGGAAAAAUGAGGACAUACCACCACAGCAACAAUCAAAAGAGACAAGUACAGUCCACAGCAUUUCUCCACUGAUUAAAGUGCAUACGGCGUCAGAGGCCACACCUUGAACAAAAACCAGAGUGCACCUCUACAGACUCUGGCUUACCCAGCAGGGAGCCCAGCUGCAGGCGAGAAAUACAGAAAGCAGGUCCCAGGGUGUCAAGCACACAUAUCCAACAGCCCUAACAGCUCGAGUGUUGAACUCAGUCGUCUCAAUGGCCCCACAGCCCAAACUGAACUUCCAUCCUAAAGAAUUGAAACAAAAGAGCCACCUACAGAUUCACAAUCCUCAGCUAGCAUAGCAAGCCAAACCACAACCAAGACAGCGCCAUCUUCAUCACACCCUCUCCAUCAGCAAAACUCCUUCCGAGAACCAUGAUGAGUCCAGGGUUCAUACCACCAUCAGCCCCACACACACACACACACACACACACACACACACACACAAACUCUUUACCCAUGUGAUUACAUCAAGUCAUCACUUUCAUUGUUCUGGACAAUACCAAUGAUUUCUUGGCAGCUGGAAGCGUGAAUGACCCACAGAUAAUGUGAUUUACUCUUGGGACUAAAUAGCAUCUGAUGGGCUAGAUAACUAUCAUAAGUGUGUUUAGCCCAUUUAUCCUGCAAUCAUAUAUUGACCAGGAGAUGUAUAAAUGACCUAGUUACAUGUCCAGCUAGGACUGUAAGAGGAUUCAGUUUGUCUUUAAACUUCACUUUGUCAUUGUUUCUAAUACUGUGUAGAAUCCAUGAAAAGACCUUUUAGCAAUUUUCUGAAAUGUUUUUGUUCAGUUCUCUGCAAACCCAGUUUUAUUGUGAGGAUAUGAUACUGUGUGUUAUCAUGUUUGUCACUCCUAGUAGAAGGUAUUUUUGACUCUACUACUCUGUACGAUGAAACUGACUCCUAGAAGUCCAUUCCUAGAGGUUUGUUUGGGACCAUUUAUCUGGCAACAUUUCUUUACUAUAUAGUAUGAUCAUAAGAUAAAAAAUAUCUGUAUCGAGAACUUGUAUUUUAGUCAUAGUAACAAUUUGCCAUAGCUACCAUAUUCUAUGUGAGUGUUUAGUCAACACAUUUUGUACAAAUAAAUGUGCGGUAAGACCCAGUGGCUUAUUAUUGGGAACAGCCCAGCUUUUGUGUGUGACCCCCACAGGCUACAGCUACUGAGUAAACUGUGUGUGCAUAGUUGAGCAGUAGCCCUGUGGCUCCCUUGCCAUUCCACACAGACCAAAUAAGGUAUAUCUAUCUGUCCAGUGGGUGUGUUUACUCCUGUCCUUCAUAGUCACUAACAGCUGACACUGACAUGCUGCCCCACCUAUUACCCCCUCACCCACAAAAACCCUGUUAUACAAGCACCUCAGCCCUUGAGGGUAAUAAACUAUAUAUUUGGCAUGAAAAAGCUUACAGAUGCUUCUGACCUUUGUUUUUCUAGCUUAAUUAUUUAUGCAUUUAUAACAUGCACAAACACAGGGUUCCUUACAACCAGUUGAACCACUUC